UCGCGAACCCACAGCCCAGUCGCGCCAGGAGUCCGCAGCAGCAGCAGCAGCAGCAGCGCGCCGGGCCGCCCGGGAAGCCUCGGUCCCCGCGGCGGCGGCGGCAACAUGGCCUCGGCUGGUAACGCCGCCGAGUGCCAGGACCGCGGUGGCGGUGGUGGCGGCUGCAGCGGGACCCUGGGCCGGCCGGCUGGCAGCGGGAGGCGCAGACGGACCGGGGGACUGCGCCGCGCCGCUCUGGACCGGGACUAUCUGCACCGGCCCAGCUACUGCGACGCCGCCUUCGCUCUGGAGCAGAUUUCCAAGGGGAAGGCUACUGGCCGGAAAGCGCCGCUGUGGCUGAGAGCGAAGUUUCAGAGACUCUUAUUUAAACUGGGUUGUUACAUUCAAAAAAACUGCGGCAAGUUCUUGGUGGUGGGCCUCCUCAUAUUUGGCGCCUUCGCUGUGGGAUUAAAGGCAGCUAAUCUGGAGACCAACGUGGAGGAGCUGUGGGUGGAAGUUGGUGGACGAGUAAGCCGUGAAUUAAAUUAUACUCGCCAGAAGAUUGGAGAAGAGGCUAUGUUUAAUCCUCAACUCAUGAUUCAGACCCCGAAAGAAGAAGGUGUUAAUGUCCUGACCACAGAAGCGCUCCUACAGCACCUGGACUCCGCCCUCCAGGCUAGCCGAGUCCAGGUGUACAUGUACAGCAGGCACUGGAAAUUGGAGCAUUUGUGUUACAAAUCAGGAGAACUUAUCACAGAGACGGGUUACAUGGAUCAGAUAAUAGAAUAUCUUUACCCUUGUUUAAUUAUCACACCUCUGGACUGCUUUUGGGAAGGAGCAAAGUUACAGUCUGGAACAGCGUACCUCCUAGGUAAACCCCCUUUGAGGUGGACCAACUUUGACCCUCUGGAAUUCCUAGAAGAGUUAAAGAAAAUAAACUACCAAGUGGACAGCUGGGAGGAAAUGCUAAAUAAGGCUGAAGUUGGCCGUGGGUACAUGGAUCGCCCCUGUCUCAAUCCCACUGAUCCAGAUUGCCCCGCCACCGCUCCCAACAAAAAUUCAACCAAACCUCUUGAUGUGGCUCUUGUUUUGAAUGGUGGGUGUCAUGGAUUAUCCAGGAAGUACAUGCACUGGCAGGAGGAAUUGAUUGUGGGUGGCACAGUCAAAAACAGCACUGGAAAACUUGUCAGUGCCCAUGCCCUGCAGACCAUGCUUCAGUUAAUGACCCCCAAGCAAAUGUAUGAACAUUUCAAGGGCUAUGAAUAUGUGUCCCACAUCAACUGGAACGAGGACAAAGCAGCGGCCAUCCUGGAGGCCUGGCAGAGGACAUAUGUGGAGGUGGUUCAUCAAAGUGUUGCCCAGAAUUCGACUCAGAAGGUGCUAUCUUUCACCACCACCACCCUGGACGACAUCCUGAAGUCCUUUUCUGAUGUCAGCAUCAUCCGAGUGGCCAGCGGCUACUUGCUGAUGCUCGCGUACGCCUGUUUGACGAUGCUGCGUUUGGACUGCUCCAAGUCCCAGGGCGCUGUAGGGCUGGCUGGCGUCCUGCUGGUCGCCCUGUCGGUGGCUGCAGGACUGGGACUGUGCUCACUGAUUGGAAUUACCUUUAAUGCUGCGACAACGCAGCACAGCCAUGACCUUUCCUGUCCUAUGUGGGAAUUGCCCACACUAUCUGUGCUUCAGGGGGCCGCCCUCAGCGCUGUGAUUUCUCAUCCUCAGGACAGGACUGGGGAGUGCCUCAAGCGCACAGGAGCCAGCGUGGCACUCACCUCCAUCAGCAACGUCACCGCCUUCUUCAUGGCUGCAUUAAUCCCCAUCCCUGCUCUGCGAGCGUUCUCCCUCCAGGCUGCAAUAGUGGUGGUGUUCAACUUUGCCAUGGUAUUGCUCAUUUUCCCUGCAAUUCUCAGCAUGGAUUUAUAUCGACGUGAAGACAGGAGGUUGGAUAUUUUCUGCUGUUUUACAAGCCCCUGUGUCAGCAGAGUGAUUCAGGUUGAGCCUCAGGCCUACUCGGGGCCUCACAGUGCCGCCCGCUACAGCCCCCCACCCCCCUACAGCAGCCACAGCUUUGCCCACGAAACGCACAUCACCAUGCAGUCCACCGUCCAGCUCCGCACAGAGUACGACCCUCACACGCACGUGUACUACACCACGGCCGAGCCACGCUCCGAAAUCUCUGUGCAGCCUGUCACCGUCACCCAGGACACCCUCAGCUGCCAGAGCCCCGAGAGCACCAGUUCCACCAGGGACCUGCUCUCCCAGUUCUCGGACUCCAGCCUCCACUGCCUCGAGCCUCCCUGCACCAAGUGGACACUCUCAUCCUUUGCAGAGAGACACUAUGCUCCUUUCCUCUUAAAACCAAAAGCCAAGGUGGUGGUGAUCCUCCUCUUCCUGGGUUUGCUGGGGGUCAGCCUUUAUGGGACCACCCGAGUGAGAGACGGGCUGGACCUUACAGACAUUGUCCCCCGGGAAACCAGAGAGUAUGACUUCAUUGCAGCACAGUUCAAGUACUUUUCUUUCUACAAUAUGUACAUUGUCACCCAGAAGGCAGACUACCCCAACAUCCAGCACUUGCUGUAUGACCUUCACAAGAGUUUCAGUAACGUCAAGUACGUCAUGUUGGAAGAAAACAAACAGCUUCCCAAGAUGUGGCUACAUUACUUCAGAGACUGGCUCCAAGGACUUCAGGAUGCCUUUGACAGUGACUGGGAAGCUGGGAAAAUCAUGCCAAAUAGUUACAAGAAUGGAUCAGAUGAUGGUGUCCUUGCUUACAAGCUCCUGGUGCAAACCGGCAGCCGUGAUAAACCCAUCGACAUCAGCCAGUUGACCAAGCAGCGUCUGGUGGACGCAGAUGGUAUCAUUAACCCCAGUGCUUUCUACGUCUACCUGACGGCUUGGGUCAGCAACGACCCUGUUGCUUAUGCUGCCUCCCAGGCUAACAUCCGGCCACACCGACCUGAGUGGGUCCACGACAAAGCCGAUUACAUGCCCGAGACGAGGCUCAGAAUUCCAGCAGCAGAGCCCAUCGAGUAUGCUCAGUUCCCUUUCUACCUCAAUGGCCUGCGAGACACCUCAGACUUUGUGGAAGCGAUUGAAACAGUAAGGACCAUCUGUGAUAACUACACAAGCCUGGGGCUGGCCAGCUACCCCAACGGCUACCCCUUCCUCUUCUGGGAGCAGUACAUCAGCCUGCGCCACUGGCUGCUCCUGGCCAUCAGUGUGGUGCUGACCUGCACGUUCCUCGUGUGCGCUGUCUUCCUGCUGAACCCCUGGACGGCCGGGAUCAUUGUGAUGGUCCUGGCGUUGAUGACGGUUGAGCUCUUCGGUAUGAUGGGCCUCAUUGGAAUCAAACUGAGUGCUGUACCUGUGGUCAUCCUCAUCGCGUCCGUGGGCAUUGGAGUGGAAUUUACUGUCCACGUGGCUUUGGCCUUCCUGACGGCCAUUGGCGACAAGAACUGCAGGGCGGUGCUUGCCCUGGAGCACAUGUUUGCACCUGUUCUGGACGGCGCUGUGUCCACUCUGCUCGGAGUACUGAUGCUUGCAGGGUCUGAGUUUGAUUUCAUUGUCAGGUAUUUCUUUGCUGUCCUGGCAAUCCUAACCAUCCUGGGUGUUCUCAAUGGACUCGUCUUGCUUCCUGUGCUUUUAUCUUUCUUUGGACCAUAUCCUGAGGUGUCUCCAGCCAAUGGCCUGAACCGGCUGCCCACCCCUUCCCCUGAGCCGCCCCCAAGCAUCGUUCGGUUUGCCGUGCCUCCCGGUCACAUGAACAAUGGGUCAGAUUCCUCUGACUCGGAGUACAGUUCUCAGACGACAGUGUCGGGCAUCAGCGAGGAGCUCCGGCACUACGAGGCCCAGCAGGCCGCAGGGGGCCCUGCCCACCAAGUGAUCGUGGAAGCCACAGAGGACCCUGUCUUCGCCCGUUCCACUGUGGUCCAUCCUGACUCGAGGCAUCACGUACCUUCCAUCCCGCGACAGCAGCCCAUCCUGGACUCAGGGUCCCUGCCCCCCAGACGGCAAGGCCAUCAGCUCUGCAGGGACACUCCCAGAGAGGGCCUGCGGCCACCCCCCUACAGACCGCGCAGAGACGCUUUUGAGGUUUCUGGCGAAGGGCAGUGUGGCCCCAGCCCUCGGGACCGCUCGGGCCCCCGUGGGACCCACCCUCACAACCCUCGGAGCUCCACGGCCACGGGCAGCUCCAUGCCCAGCUACUGCCAGCCCAUCACCACUGUGACGGCUUCCGCUUCCGUGACUGUCGCUGUCCACCCCCCGCCCGGGCCCACGCGGAACCCCCGAGGGGGACUCAGCCCAGGCUAUCAGAGCUACCCUGAGACUGAGCACGGGCUGUUCGAGGACCCCCACGUGCCUUUUCAUGUCCGGUGUGAGCGGAGGGACUCCAAGGUGGAAGUCAUAGAGCUGCAGGACGUGGAGUGUGAAGAGAGGCCCUGAGGACACAGCUCCAACUGAGGUGUGUGUGGCCAUCCUGUGGCCCUGGGGACUGGAGGGUGCAGAAAGAGAAGCUCCUUGGGGUGCCCGGGCUGUGCCUUCCAGAGGUCACCGGGCAUUGGCACCUCCCAAACUGGACUCCAAGCAAGCUUUUGUCCCCAGGGCAAGACUGAUGUUAAUGUCUCCACACUUGGUCACUCUUGGGGUGCCACUUCAGUCCCAAGCUGGGUUUCUUCCCCUCCCCCAUCAUCCUUUUGGAGAUUGUUAUUAUUAGUGCAACUAAGCCAGGUCCCUAACAGCUUGACCUUGCUGUCGGCUUGCCAGUGCUUACUGCAGUGCCAAAUGUGACAGAUCUGCAGGUGAAUUGCAUCGUAAGGAGGAAGUACUGAAUGCCACCCAUCUUAAACUCCAAAAGUCAUCUCAGCCAACAAACCCAUCCCACCUCGGGGACUGUCAGUGUGUGCGUGCUAAAGGCAUGGGUCCAUGAGUGAUCAUAAAAUGACUUAACUUUAUGGUUUUCUUUUAAAGGGUGAUUAAAAUCUGAAGCAAAGAGGCCAAAGA